AUAUUUAUUCUAAUGUAGCUGCAUCAGGAGAUAUGCCAACUUACCAAAUCCGGACUCCAACUACCACCCUACCUCAGGGAGUCGUGAUGGCAACUUCACCAGGGACAUUGCAUAGUCCACAACAGCUUGCAGAAGAGGCAACACGUAAACGGGAACUCAGGCUAAUGAAAAACAGGGAGGCUGCCAAAGAAUGUCGACGUCGAAAAAAGGAAUAUGUAAAGUGUCUGGAGAGCCGUGUUGCAGUGCUGGAAACCCAAAACAAGCAGCUAAUCGAGGAACUCAAAACUUUGAAAGAACUUUAUUGUGAUAAAUCAGAGUAGUAUUGGUAAUGAGUCCUGACCAGUUUGAUGUCUACAGCAACUUUCUUUGAAGAUAAAGCCUCUGCAGCUUCAGACUGCUUUUAAUUUUUUGCUUUGCAAAACUACGUAGAAAACAUCGGAACCUUUAACCUGUAACAUUUCUCAAAAGUUAUUCACAGUAAUAUAUUUUGUUAAGUGUUUGUUGUAUAACUAAAAUUUUGUGGGGAAAAAAAUGAACAAAAAAAUCUUUUGUAAAAACAAUUAGUUAAAUGUGUAUAUACAUAUACUGUACCCUGUUACAAUGUAAUGCAGUACUUGCUAAGUUCUAUUUGUUAAGCAUUUGCAUUUAAGAUUUUUAUGUGUUGCUCAUAUGCUGUCCUGAAGACACAUUGUAAUAUUAUUUUUACAUGCUUUUAGUGCCCUAUUAAAUAUGAAAACAAAAUAGAAAAGUAUGCAAGGUAAUUGAACUAAAUAAUUCAGAAAUUUGACCUAUAUAAAAAGCAUCUACCUGUAAAAGAGGGAAUUUAGAGAGAAAAAUGUUAUUGAUUAAUUAUAUGUAAAGAGAGUGUUAUAUUCAGUAGCAUCGCAAAACAAAUGGAAUUUAUAAUUAAUUUCUGACUUUUAUACAUUUUUUUUUGUGAAAUGUAGCACUGUACUGCUGUCAGUCUAUGCUUAUGUAUUCAAGAAUCAAAAAUGGAUUUUAAUAGAACCACAUUGGUUAAAAACACACACUUCUGGUUGUUACUUGAGUAUUUUAAAAAUGUACAACUUCA